AGAAUCUCCAGUCUGUCACUUUCUCUCUGUUUGUUGGUUCCCAAUUCCCAAUUGCCCUAAACGAGCCCGAUCUCGGUGGAUUUGGCCACCUGAGAGACCUGAUCUUAUCUGAUGGAAAGUGGAUUGCGUCUAAUAUCCUUCACAGUCUAGCCAGAAAGCACCCUUGCUCUAGACAACUGCUUUAAAAUUUUCCCUGUCAAUUUAAACUUAUAACCGUGUGCUCUUCCCUCCCAUGAUCUGCUGAGCCUCUCUUUCUUCCUUGUCUUCCCAAAGCUUAAGCUUAAAUUUUAUCCUCCUAAAGACAAGAUCACCAUGGGAGCUCUCGACAAGUUCCUUGGGCGCAAGGGCAAUGAGGGUGAUGCCGCUGAGGCACCCGUCACUGUCACUGCUGCCAUGAACGAAAAGGACCAGGAGGCUGGCAAAUAUCCUGAUGAGACUGGUAGCGCCAGCGAUGCUGUUACUGAGAACGCGCAGCAUGGUGUCAAGACCGUUGAGGCUACAACUCUGGCCUGGAGCAAGAAGGCUCUUGCUGGCGUCUUCGUUUUGUAUGUCUUCGCCUUGUCGUAAUUGAAGUCGCAAACUAACGAUCUUGCAGCAUGUGGUUGAUCUACCUUACAAAUGGUUUCCAGAGUCAGAUCAAUUACACUCUUGUUCCCUACGCCAGCAGUGAAUGGGAGUCUCACUCUCUCAUUCCCGUCAUUGGCAUCGUCGCCAACUGCAUGACUGCUGCUGUCUACAUUCCUCUGUCCAAGAUCCUCGAUAUCUGGGGCCGUGCUGAGGGCUUCCUCCUCAUGGUCAUUUUUGCUACUGUUGGUAUGAUCAUGAUGGCUGCUAGUCAUAACCUCGCCACCUACUGUGCCGCUGUCGUCUUCUGGCAGGUUGGCUGGUCCGGUCUCACCUACAGUAUCGACGUUAUCACGGCCGAUUCCACACAACUCAAGAACCGAGGUCUUGCAUACGCCUUCACCUCUUCUCCCUACAUGAUCACCGCCUUCGCUGGUCCCAAGUCUGCCGAGGCCUUCCUCCGAAACGGUGACCAGUGGCGAUGGGGCUUUGGAACAUUCUCCAUUGUCCUUCCCGUCGUCGCCAUCCCCAUGUACAUUCUCCUGAAAUACAACCUCCAGAAGGCCAAGAAGCAGGGACUCCUUGUCAAUGAGUCUAGCGGUCGAUCUUUCUUGGAGAACAUCAAGUGGGGACUCAUCGAGUUCGAUGCUGCUGGUGCUUUCUUGUUCGCCGCUGGCCUUGUCAUCUUCCUCCUUCCCUUCUCCAUUGCUAGCAGCGCCCCUAAGGGUUGGGACACCCCCUACAUCAUUGCGAUGAUCAUUUUGGGCGUCGUUCUCUUGGCCAUCUUCGGUGCUUACGAGCGCUUCGUUGCCCCUAAGCCAUUCCUUCGCUUCGAGCUCCUUACCAGCCGCACCGUUAUCGGUGUCUGUCUUCUGGACUUCAUCUACAUGAUCGCCUACUACUGCUGGAACAGCUACUUCACCUCUUUCCUCCAGGUGGUCAAUAACCUUUCUCCCUCCACAGCUGGGUAUGUCAGCAACACCUUUGAGAUCGUCUCUGGUGUCCUCCUCUUCAUUGUCGGUUAUGCCAUGCACAAGACCGGUCGCUUCAAGUGGAUUCUGUGCGUCGGUAUUCCUCUGUACAUGUUCGCCCAGGGUCUCAUGAUCUACUUCCGUCGCCCUGGUCAGUCCAUCGGCUACCUUGUCAUGUGUGAGGUCUUCAUCUCCAUCGCUGGCGCUACCUUCAUUCUUUGCAUGCAAGUCGGUAUCCUCGCUGCCGUCGAGCACCAGUAUGUCGCUACCGCUCUGGCUACCCUUAGCGUCACUGGCAACAUUGGAUCUGCUGUCGGAAACACCAUCUCUGCCACUAUCUGGACCAACACCUUCUACAAGAAGCUCGCUGAGUAUCUUCCUGAGUCCGCGCAGGCUGAUAUCGACGCCAUCUAUGAGUCUCUCGACUCCCAGCUGCUCUAUGAGCCUGGUAGCCCUGAGCGCCUGGCUAUCCAGAAGGCUUACGGUUAUGGCCAGGCUCGCAUGCUUGCUGCCGGAACCGGUAUCAUGGCUGUUGCUCUUAUCUCGCUAUUCUUGAUCAGGAACUACGAUCUCAGGAAGAUCAAGCAGACCAAGGGUACUGUCUUCUAAGAGACUGGAUUAUCUUGGAUUAUGCGGUCAGAUUGAUCUCAAACAAAAUGAUGGUGGAAGAGUAAAUGUUGUAUGAUGUUAUAUAUCUAGUACCUAACAGACAAUCGUAAUAAAUGAUGGGGACAUUGUGGCCCUAACAGAAUGGUAUUGUAUGCCUUCUUAUUUAUCUUUCAAGUUCCAGUAAUAUGUGAAGAUCGCUUGUGAUCUUGUCCCAGUCGUUAGACUUGUCGCUGAGUCGUCAGGAUGGUGCAGUUCAUGGGGUGAAGUGAGCUGGUGCAUCCUCGGAAGGCAAAUGUAUCAUCGACGACACUACUUGGCAUCGCGCGACCACUGAACCAUUUAUGUUUUACAAUAAUGGAAAAUUUUAACCAUUGAAGUAUCGCCUUCUGCUGUUUCGCGACGUUGAUCUCGGACAGAGGGCUGCCAAAGUAGAUCGACAUCGCACACACACUCAUCCAAC